ACUUGCGCGAGUGCGUACGAACUCCGGUCGAAAGCUCAGUUUUUCAACGCCGCCUUGCAAGUACGUUCGUGUUCGCACCAGAAGAUGAUUAAAAAAAGAGUAUUAUAAGCGAUUUUAACGUGUUUAUUUCUCGAACAAGACUAAUUGUGAUCGUAAAAUGUGGUUGAAUGUUAUAUUUUGUGCCCUUUUGCUGGGAUAUUCGCGCUGUGACAGUUUCGAGGACUUUCCAGUCCCAAAGCUCGACAUCGAUCUCGAGAACGGUUACCAUGGCAUUGUCAAAGAAAACGAGACAAUCGUUGAAGUGACACCUGCCAUUCAGGCAGUAGGCGACGUGUGCAAGUUCAGGAUAGUCAACAAACACCAUGGAGAGGCCCCCUUCGAUAUUAUUUUGAAAGACGAUGGUUUCGCAGAGCUGAAAGCCAAAAGGGUGCUCAACUGCGAGAAGAGGAAGAACUACAAGUUCGACAUUUCUGCGGUUGGCUGCAAUGGAAAGCAGAGCGAAAGCGCUACCGUGCAUAUCACUGUAUCAGAUGUCAACGAGUACGCCCCGACUUUUUCGGAGCCCAGUUACGUGCGUCAGGUGGAUGAAGGACGAUUGUACAACGAGAUCGUGCGAGUUGAGGCGACCGAUCGCGAUUGCACCCCGAAAUUCGGCGACGUUUGCAAGUACGAGAUCUUGACUAGCGAUCAACCUUUCGUCAUCGAUAUGGACGGCGUUAUUCGCAACACAGAACCUUUGGACUAUGAAAGGUCCCACAACCACAUUUUAUCGGUAAUCGCUUACGAUUGCGGGAUGAGGCAAAGUUUCCCGGCCCUGGUUACGAUCAAAGUGAACAGGGUUUGUCGCCUGGGCUGGAGGGGGCUCCCGGAAAGGGUGGAUUACGCGCCCAUGACCGGAAAACAGGAAAUGUUCCCUUCGGCCGGCCUGGAGUUGUGCGACGUCCCUUGCAAUGUGCGGGAGCUCAGAACCAGAGUGGAUCUUGCUACUAGACACAUCGGGAAAGGUUGCGACCGCGACACCUAUUCGGUGCAGUCGCAAAGGAAGCUGUGCGGAGCUUCCCCAUCGGCAAUAGAUUUGCUCCCCAGUCCGGGGGUGGGGGCGGAAUGGACGAAACCUUUGAUAUCCGACGAGGGACACGAAUCCGAUCAAAUGUUCGAGUUCGACGGAACUUCGACGGCCGUCAGCAUUCCCAACGCCGUCUUGGACCACAACCUACCUCCCACGUUUACCAUUGCCACCUGGAUGAGACAUGGCAACCAUGCUGGCCAGGACAAACAUCUGAAGGAGCACAUUUUGUGCUCUGCCGAUGAUCACAAAAUGAACCGUCACCACUACGCCCUCUUUGUGAGAAACUGCAGACUAAUUUUGCUGCUGCGUCGUGACUUUUCUGAAGGCGACCUGAACAUAUUCAGACCCGCUGAAUGGCGUUGGAAGAUACCACAAGUAUGCGACGAUCAGUGGCAUCACUACGCCAUCAACGUUCGUUUCCCUGAUGUGGAAUUGUAUAUUGACGGACAAAUAUUCAGGUCUGAGAAGAAAAAUCCAGAGGUCAUCGAUGACUGGCCUUUGCACCCUACCAAGGGAAUUAACACCACUCUCACUGUUGGAGCCUGCUGGCAGGGAUCCGACAACAAGAUGAGGCACCACCUGAAAGGCUACCUGGCCGGUCUGAGCGUGCUAGUCGGCGAAAACGAAAAACCCGAGGUGCUGAACUGCCUGCACCAGUGCAAAGAAAGUCUGCAGGUGCCGGCUAUGGAGCUGCUGCAGCCCGGCAUGGAACUGCUGACGAAUUCCGACUUGACCGAGGUGACGGUCGAGGGCGACAACCGCACCAACUUGGAGGUUCUGGUGAGGAAAAUCGGCUACGCAAACACCAGGGAGUUUCCCACCCCUGGCCGGAGAAACUUGAGGUUGACCACGACGGUGACGUGCGACAACGGGAAGACCGUCAAGGUCCCCGACGCGCAGACCUACGUCAUGGUUUUAAAACCCCAAACGCCCAGCAUAAAUCUGAACGGCACCGGCAACAUGGCGCGCAAGUACGAAGACUUCCGCAUGGGCGUGCGCGUUCUAGCCGACGUGCACAUAACGGGAGAGCAGAAGCUGGACAAGUGCUCUCUGACGAUCUACCCGAACUUGAACCCGGACCACGAGAACUUGAGCGUGCCGGAGGAAAUGGUGAAGAAACUCGGAAUGGCCGCGCGUGUUUCCAAGGACGGCGUCACCAUCACCGGCAGCGACAUGGUCUACAACUACCAGCAAGUUUUGAGGCAGAUCGUCUACACCAAUCGAAAACCGGCCUACUAUUUGAACAGGGUUUUCAAGCUCACCUGCUCGGAAUUGAACGGCCGUUUUACCUCCAACGAAUACGUACAAACGUUGACCGUGAUCCAUCCGCAACCCAAGGAGCCGAUGGUCGCGCACGCGCAGGUGAACAAGCACUCGGUGGAGAUGCGGCCGGCCUCCUUGAUUUCGCACGAUUACAACUCGGCGGCGGAGAGAGUGAACCUGAUGUCCGCCGGCGGUUCGCACGCCGUCACGAUCAUAGUGGUCGUCUGCGUCGGCUUCCUGAUGUUCAUGAUCGUGCUGGGGGCGGUGAGGAUCAGGGCCGCGCACUCCAAGAGCGCCGGCGACGAGCCGCACGACUCGGAAAUGACCUGGGACGAUUCCGCUCUGACCAUCACCGUCAAUCCGAUGGAGACGGCCGGGCGCAAAAUGGAGGCCUCCUCCAGCCACACGAUCGAGUACUCGGACUCGGACGGAAACUCGUCGUGCUCCGACUCGUCGGACUCUGAGCACGACGAGCAGAUGGACGGCUCGUUGCGCCUCCGCUCCGCCGACAGCAGCGACGACGACGAAGAAGAAGAAGAGGAGGCGAUCCGCCCCCCCCUCCAGCGUUUCGGCGGCCAACCGGGCGGCAAGCACGACUACCAGAACGUCAGCCAGCUCGAGUGGGACAACUCCACCAUGUAAACGAUGCGCAGCAACAGGGAAACGCAAGAAAAACGAUCGACGUUUGCGCAACUUGACGUUUAUAGGUUAUGUAAACGUCAAAUGGCGCGGAUCGAAGCCGUUUUUCCUGCAAUUUCGUCGCGUUUAGUGCCAUAGGGCACCCGCGUGGUCUUUCUUAGACCAUUGGAUAUCAUAAUUAUCGUCCAUAUUGUUAGAGAU